AUGGACCAUCUGUGCACAAACGCGUCGCGCAGCGUCACUGCUCUCCAAAGCACGGCACGGACGAUGUGGCUCACCGGGGUGGUCAUCGCUUCAGUUUACGGUGUGAUCAGCGUGUUGGGGCUAAUUGGCAACAUAACCCUCAUCAAGACGUUUUGCUCGGCCAAAUCCAUCCGCAAUGUGCCGAAUCUCUUCAUGUCCAGCCUUGCGCUCGGGGACGUUUUACUGCUGGUGACCUGCGCUCCGGUGGACGCCAGCCGCUACCUGUCAGAGGAGUGGCUGUUCGGGAGAGUGGGCUGUAAAGUCAUCCCCUUCAUCCAGCUCACCUCGGUCGGGGUGUCUGUGUUCACUCUCACUGCCCUCUCAGCUGACAGGUACAGGGCCAUAGUGAAGCCACUGGACAUCCAAACAUCGAGCACCACCUCCAGUAUUGUCCUGCGGGCGGCGCUCAUCUGGCUCUUCUCUCUGGUCCUUGCUAUCCCUGAGGCCGUCUUUUCUGACCUCCACACCUUCAACAUCACCUCAUCUAAUGAGAGCUUUGUCACCUGCGCUCCUUAUCCCCAUGCUGGGGAACUGCACCCUAAGAUCCACUCCAUGGCCUCCUUCCUUAUUUUCUACGUCAUCCCCCUGCUGGUCAUAUCCGUGUACUACACCUUCAUCGCCCGGAGCCUGAUGAGGAGCGCCUCAAACCUGCCUGUGGAGGGGAACGUGCAUGCAAGACGACAGGUUGAAUCAAGAAAGCGUUUGGCCAAGACGGUGCUGGUGUUCGUUGGUCUCUUUGCAGUGUGCUGGCUUCCCUGUCAUGUCAUCUACUUGUACCGCUCCUAUCACUACUCCCAGGUGGACACUUCUCUGGUUCACUUUUUGUCCAGCGUCGUAGCUCGUAUCCUGGCCUUCACCAACUCCUGCCUCAACCCCUUCGCCCUCUACCUGCUGAGCGAGACCUUCCAGAAGCAGUUCAACCAGCAGCUGUGUUGCUGUUGUCGGAUCCUCAAACGCUCCUCGCAGAGCCCGACACAUUAUAACACCCAUGUAACAUCUGUUCGCAGCUCACAUCACUCCAUGGCAAGCCAGGGCAUAUUCAACGGCAGAAGGGCCUAUCAGGAGGACUGUGUGUGAGCGAAGUGUGUUGUGUCUUUAAGUGAUGUACUAGUGUUUAAACUUUAAUCAAAUCUUAUUCCAGUUUGUUAAAUAUUUAUUUGUUUUUUUUACAAGCUAACUGCUACAUUGUGUGAGCAUUAUUUAAAAGACUUCAGCCCAUUCUUUGCUUUUUGAAUCAGUAACCCUGUGAUAUAUUUAAUUUAUAUUGUAUGUUUUCACAUGUUUCAUAAACUAUAUAGUUGAUUUAUUGUACCUAAUCCAGCGUUUAGUUUUGCACUUCUUUAAAGUGUGGGGAGCAUAUAAUUAUUAUAAGAAGUAUGGUCAUUGAAGCAGUAGAGUAUUAAACAAAAAAAUGUCCUAUGUGGUCAAACCAUGUCUCCUAGAAAAUAUAUAUCUAAAUGUAUAACACAAACUUGUUUUUCCAGUUAGUUCUUGCUGCCUGGAUUUGUUCUCAGGCGACUGUUUUUUCACGGAAGAAAGUGUUAAAUCUUUGUACCACAUGGCUGUUAUCAGGACACAGUGGAUUGACGAUUGCAAAAUAACUUAAAGUUUGAGAAAGAAGUAGUAAUUUGAUGUGUCUCAAAUCACUAAAGGUUGUUUUUGAAGAGGGAGAGUGUAUAAAAGACUGGGACCUGGACUCCAAGUCUGAAAGUGAAGUGACCUGCAUUCUUUUUCAUGGCGCGCAGGGGGCGACUUCUCUAACUGCAAAAUUAAGUCAGAUUAUUGAAGGGAAUGAUUGAGACUUGAUUUAUUUAACAUUUUUCCAAAUGAGUUUAUG